GCUGAAGUUCCCAUCAGACCUGGAGUCCCUGCGGGAGCUCGCAGAGAUGCUCCAAUUUUACAAAAGAGAAAAUUACAGCUAUGUGCUGCUGCUGUUCUGCAGCGCCUACCUUUACAAACAGUCCUUUGCGAUACCUGGCUCAUCCUUCUUGAACAUGUUGGCUGGUGCCAUUUUCGGUCCUUGGGAGGGGUUGGUUUUGGCCUGCCUGCUCGCCACGUUUGGCUCCACAUUCUGCUACCUGCUGUCGUCAGCCUUUGGCAAACAGUACGUGGUUCACUUCUUUCCAGAGAAAGUGGCUCUGCUGCAGAAGAAGGUGGAGGAGAAUCAAAACAGCUUAUUCUUCUUCCUGCUUUUCCUUCGUUUCUUCCCCAUGACUCCUAACUGGUUCCUUAACAUCACCUGUCCUGUCCUCAACAUCCCUAUAUCCAUUUUCUUCUUCUCUGUGCUGCUAGGUCUGAUCCCGUACAACUUCAUCUGCGUUCGUACGGGUUCCAUCCUGUCGCAGAUCACCUCCCUGGAUGACAUCUUCUCCUGGGGGACGCUGGCCCAGCUGCUGGCCAUCGCCCUCAUGGCUCUGCUGCCCGGAGCGCUGAUCAGACGCUACAGUGAAGCUCGCCUCAGGGUGGACGGCAUGGACAGCAAUGGCACGAGUCAGGUGGAAAGGAAGCAGGAACGGAAGAGACGGUGAUGAAUGGAAAACGUCAAGACAGGAGAAGUGGAGGAGGAAAAAAAAAACUGUCCUUGGAGGCAUGUGACCUUUUAUCUACGCCAGAAGGUAGAUUUCUGUAAGGGCACACUGGAGGCACAUGAUUUGCUCCGGKCUUGUGCGCUUAUCGUGUCGAGUUUCUGUGCUGCACAUUCAAGUUUUGUUCCAGAGGAGUUCACAUAUUCCAGAUUAUUUUUUUAAAGGAAUCUUUUUGCAGCCCCCAAACCAACAAAUUAGUAGUUUACCUUUUUUAAAAUAAAAUGCUUUUGAUGCACAGUGAAGCUGUAAAGUUUUUUAAAUUGACUUUGUUGUUUGGUUUCUUGUUUUGUUUUUCCAUGUAAAAAAGAUGAAGUCUUAGCUUCAUGGCUCUAAGUAGUGUCACUGAAAUCCUUUUACCAGCAAUCUGAUGCUGAUUUUCUAUGACCAAAACAGAAAUCUUAAAAAAAAUAAAUGUUUUGAAAUGAAUUUUGAAUGAAAACACACUACUUUUCGUUCCUGUGUGUAACACUUAAAAAAAACAGACAUUAUUUGUCUAAGCAAACUGUUUUCCUUUUAUUUUACCUUGUUUCAGUCAGGUAAGUGCUGCUCAGGAGAUGGUUUAGUCUGUGUUCAGGGUGUGUCCAUUGUGCCAAAUACACCAUUUGUCCCAUUAGAGUUAUAGACGCCCUCGAAACAUGGAAACUGGGACUUCUAUUUUAUAGUUCAAAGCCAUCCCUGCAGAAUGAUUUGUUUUUUUCAAUCCAAAUUUACAAACAGGUGAUUAGGACACCUGUAAAGCUGUGCAUGCACCCAUCUUUAGAGAAAACCCACCUGUGCACUUAGUGAACAUUUACAACACCACAGAUAAAGGUCAGAGAGCAAACCUGUGACCUGCUUGCUGUGAAGCAGCAGUGCUAACCACUGCUCCACUGUGCAUGCACAGAUUUUUAAAAUCCCUCAAGUCUGAUCUACUGAGAUGGAAAUACUGGGAAAGUGUAACCAGAACACUCAACUGGAUUAAACAACAAAUUUUCCAAGUUUAAAUGAUUAUUUUACUUUUUGUAUUUUUUUUGUUGUUGUUGUUUCUAUAACUCAGUCUUAAUAAGUGGUGCUGCUAGGUGAAGUUUAGUGAUAAAUGGUCACUUUAGUGGGUUGUUACUUUUGUGGUCUGAAUUAUUAUUUAGCCUUGUUUUAACCUGAUCAGAUUUAUUUCUUCUACAGGAUCCUUUGCUCUAAAUUAAGCCAUUUUUCUGCUGUUAGUAUUUUUUUUAUCAUUGUCCUUAAAGUCAUUAGAGCUCCCCAAACAUUACACUYAAUAUUGUUUUAGUAUGUCUGGAUUUUUAAAUGAGUAAAACUGAAUGUUUGUUGUUCCUGAAUCACUUAAACAUGUCUUAAUGCUGAUGUAAUUACAAGUGAAUAAGAUGGAAUUUUAUCAGGGUUUCAACAGGGAUUAAAGAAAUGAUGUGGAGUUAUUCUGGACUAUCUUAAAGGGUGUUUGGAAUUGAAAUAAAAUGCCAUAUAUGUACAACUGUCUAAUCCUGCCUUUACAGGGAGUUUUAUUUUUGUUUGUUUGUUUAAUCAGUAAUCUUUUAUAGAGCCACAAAACAUAACUUGGGAUGAAAAUUGCAUUUUAUUUGUGCCUUGGUUGUCCUCCAGCAGUCAUCAACCCUGUUUGACUUGAACAAACGCAGAAACAAAAACAUCCUCAGUAGUUCUCAUCUAUCAGCUGCUCAUAAAACACAAUAAAACUUAUUUUUCUUUUACACACACACACAUGUUUGUUCUUGUAUCCUCAUGGAGACUUUGCAUUGGAUUCCAUUCAUUUACUGGUCACUUCUCUAGCCCAACCCUGACCCCUUACUCUAAACCUGACCUAAACUCAAACUUUAGUCCUAACCCACCAAAGGUAUUUCACCCAAGGAACCCAUAAGGAAUUUUGGGUCCUCGCAAGGCGCUGUUUACCAUGAAAAUUGUCAAAGAUUGUCCCCACCAGGUAACAAAAACAUGUGUACACACACACACACACACUAUGCAUUCUGAUAAUGUCCACGCAAACUCACAUUGGCUCAGACAGGCCUGACCAAAACCAGUGAAACAAUACAAAAAAAAACAUUUGCAAAAACGCAGUUAACACAAAAAACAGAUAUACAGUAAUGCAUGACUUCAUGGCGUCAUUUGACAGAAGAUUAAAAAAUGGAAACAUAUGCAUCAAUAAGUUUAUGGAAGAAYUUUUAUGUACUUUAUAAAAUGAUCAGUAGUCUGUGAGUAACUGCAAGUUUUUAUCUGAAAAUAAACUUCAUGGUAAUUUAGGUGGCGGGGUAUUUUUCCCCCUUGUUUGUUUUUUAUCUGAACCAGUCUUAUUAAGACAGCCAGAUCAGUGAAGUCAAUAUAUUGGUGAUGUAUUUUUGUCUUUCUCCUGAAUCUUUAAGUGCAUAUAAGACGAUUGAUUCUCUUCAGCCUAAUCCAACACUCAACACUAAUCACCGAUCACUGCAGUGUUGUGAACAGUUACUUAGUGGUUUAGGUAAAAUAUACAUCAAGACAAAUAUCAGAACUGUAAUUGCGUCCAUAUGAUUCAAAUGCCUAAAAAUCUAAAUUUCAUGUGCUUUUGACCUUUGAACUGUAAAACUGGGGGGUAAAGAGAAUCCUAAAUCAAACCAGACCUUAUGAGAAAGUCAUCUAAACUGAUUUUGCCAAUUUUUUCAUUUAAUAGCCUUUUUAAUAAAUCAGUCCUGAAAAAUUAUGAAAUUUUGCAAAAGACAAACACCUCCUGCACCCAACAGAAACAUCCAGUGUCUUGCAUAACUCAACAAUGUUCUUCACGUUAAUUCAGUCAGUGCAAAAAGAUGAGUGUUGUGCAAAAAUCUGUUACUGCUGAGUCAUGCAUAGAUCGAAUGGGUUCAAAGACGGCGUGCAAAACAAAAACA